AUGUUGAACUUCUGUCACCUCAGUGUCAAGAAGAAUGUAUUUUGGUCAACAAUAUCAAAGUCAUCACUGCUUUGCGGCUCUCUGAGGAGCACCAGCUCUAAGACAGGAGGAAGAUCUGAACCUGCUAAGCAGUCACUUAAGAAACCGAAGUUACCAGUAGGUCGAUUUGAUGAACCAGAGGAGUCCAGUAUAGAGAGGGAACCCCUGGAAAAAUUCCCUGAUGGAAUCAAUCCUGCUACAAAAGAGAGGGGUGGACCUAAAGGCCCUGAACCUACACGUUUUGGAGAUUGGGAGAGAAAAGGGCGUUGUAUAGAUUUUUAA